CUUUUCUUCUUUCUUUUUGUUUUCCCUGCGGACUUGGCCAAUUGCUACAAUGGCGACUGCUACCCCCUUCCAGAAGGAGGCCUGGACGGAGUAUGGGGUCGGAGUGAUUGUGCUUCUGCUGCGCUUGUUCGCACGCAUGAAGGUGGUAGGGAUCAGGAACUGGCAGGGCGAUGACUAUUUCUCCAUCAUUGCGCUCAUCUUUUGGACGGCCGAACUGACCAUGCUCGAACUCAUCGGCCAGUACGGGACCAAUAUCGGCCUCACGGACGAGCAACGAGCAGCCGUGACGCCCGAGCAGACAGCCAGACUGGUUGUGGGAUCGAAAUGCCUUCUCGCUGGAUGGACGUGCUAUGUGACGCUGAUCUGGUCGCUGAAGGCUUGCAUGCUGUUCUUCUACAACCGCCUCACCCUUGGCCUCUUCCAGCAGAAGCUUGUCAAGAUCAAUGUCGUCCUUUGUGCUGCGACCUAUGUGGCCGUUAUCCUGACCAUCUUCCUCCACUGUCGGCCGUUGACGAAGCAUUUCCAGGUCUAUCCGGACCCCGGGCUGAAUUGCACGGCCGACUUCAUUAACUACAUCAUGAUUGCCACCACAAAUGUUGUUACCGAUGCCAUCCUCCUCACCAUUCCCAUCCCACUUCUCGCCAAAGUCCGUCUCGCAUUACGCCGAAAACUAGUGAUUGGUGUGCUCCUUUGCGGCGGUGUCUUCGUUAUGGCCGCAACCCUCCUCCGCUGCAUCCUUUCCCUCAAAGACAUCAACAGUAUCAACAACAGCACGGUGUGGGCCAUUCGUGAAACAUUCGUCGCCAUCAUCGCCGUCAACGCCCCUUGCAUCAAACCGCUCUUCAGCUCUUCCGUGUGGCUGCGCUCCUCUUCGAAAGAUCCCUCUUCGGGGCUUGGGAACUAUUCGAAGAGUAAGGGGGCGAGCUUCGGUAUGUCCGCGCUGGGUCGAUCAAAACACACCCAGCUUGAAUCUGGCACCGUCUCGAAGGCGGGGCGGGACAGCGAUGAGUAUGGGAUGUUGCGGGAGGCGAACAAUCGUGGUGCAGCACUGGCGAGUGCUAGCCGCUACGAUGGGAGUAGCUUUGAGGACGAGGAAAAUGGUAGGAAAGGGGGAAUCCAGGUGACAACCAUGUAUGAGGUCAGGAGGGAUGGGAGGGAGUAAAACAGGUCUGGCUGGGAAGUGCAAACCUUUGAACCAUGAUAUUCUUAUUUAAUUUACAGCUGUAGCUGCUGCC